AAAUGGCAAAUAUAAAUGGUAUUGGCGCGCACAAGAGGGCAUUUGGAAUUGGAAUUGGAAUGGGCGAGGAGGGUAAUGAGGAGCUUACGCUUAUUGGGGCUUCCUCUUGCUUCAACGAUUAAAACUAUAAUUCCUUGUAAAGUUAAACCCAGGCAAUUCCACCUGUAUCACAGUUCGAAACCCUGUUCUUCAUGCUCUUAUCCCUCCCUGGGUAAACACUCAACUGCCAUUGCCGGCGCUCUUUCCCUCGCCGAGACUUCAAACUCCUGUUUUCUUGGUCUCCAAAUCCAUGCCCGCAUCAUCAAGCUGGGACUCACUAGCGACAUUUUUUCAUUGAAUAACUUGAUCAAAGUGUACUCGAAAUGUGGGCAACUGGGUGAUGCGCUCAAGGUGUUUGAUGAAAUGCCUGAGAGGAACCUCGUCUCUUGGACUCUGCUCGUCACUGCUGCCGUCCAGGAUGGUGAGUUUGAAUUGGGAUUGGAGGUUUAUUCGGAAUUGGUAAAAACGGGCUUGAGGCCGAAUGAGUUCUCUGUUGCUAGUGUUCUCAAGGCAUGUGCAAGUACGGAAGCGUAUAAGUUUGGCGUCAGUGUUCAUUGUUGUGCUCUGAAACUUGGGAUUGAGCAGAACCUUUUUGUCGCUAGCUCUCUUUUGAACAUGUAUGCUGAGUUGGAGGAUGUUGAAUCCGCGGAGGGGGUGUUUGAGUCUACGACCGAUCUUGAUACUGCUUGUUGGAAUACUAUGAUUGGAGGGUAUACGAAGUGUGGCUAUGGCUUUGAAUCCUUGAAGCUUGUGUCUUUAAUGGUGUGCAAAGGGAUAAGCAUGGACCACUUCACCUUUGUUAAUGCUCUUAAGGGGUGCUCCUCUAUGGGGAAUUUAGAUUUUGGGAAGCAACUACAUGGAUUGCUCAUCCGUAGUGAGAUGGAAUUUAGUACCUCAGUAAUGAACGCUCUUAUGGAUAUGUACUCUACACACGGGAAGAAGGAUUUGGCUUUCAAAGUUUUCAAUAGGAUAAAAACCAAAGACAUAAUAUCCUGGAACACUGCAUUUGGGGUCUUUUCUGAAGACAUAAAUGCAAAAGAGCUUUUAAACUUAGUCCAUGAGUUCAUGCUAGCAAACAUGAAGCCAAACCAUGUCACUUUCUCAGUCUUGUUUAGACAAUGUGGUCAGCUACUUGAUCUCAACCUUGGGCUUCAGUUUUUCUGCCUUGCAUUGCAAUUUGGAGUCUAUAAUGAAGCUAUUGUCAGAAGCUCAUUAAUGAACAUGUUUUCUAGAUGUGGGGCUGUGGAGAUGGCAUUCUUGUUUUUUGACAGCUUACUGUACAAAAGCAUAACUUCUUGGAAUGAGUUGAUUUCUGGAUGCAAUUCAAACUAUUACUACGUGGAAGCCAUGAAGAGUUUUUACAAUCUAUGGCACUUGGGAGUUGGAGUCAAUGAAUUUACCUUGUCCAUUAUAUUGGAAACUUGUUUUAGAGAUGAACACCAACAAAUGGUUAGACAAAUUCAUGGUGCUAUUGUCAAGUCUGGCUAUUCAUUGCAUGGAUAUGUUUGUAGCUCAUUAAUUAAAUGCUAUGUUAAACUUGGACAACUUGAUGAGUCCUUUGAGUUUUUUAAUGGGUUUGAGAGAUUGGAUGUGGAAAUUUGGGGGACCAUGAUAUCUGCGCUGGUGCAUCAGGGAUAUCAUUUUCAAGCUAUCAAAUUUCUCAACUCUCUGAUGGAAGCUGGCAGGAAGCCUGAUGAAUUUAUCUUGGGUAGUAUUCUAAGUAGUUGUGCUCAUAUUGCAGGCUAUCAUUUAACUCAUUCUGUUCAUUCCAUUGUCAUCAAAAUGGGAUUUCAAAAACAAGUAUUUGUGGUUAGUGCAGUUAUAGAUGCUUACGCAAAAUGCGGGGAUAUUGAAAAUGCAAGGAUGAUAUUUAGCCAGUCAUCUAGAUCUGGCGAUGUAGUUAUAUGUAAUGCUAUGAUCAUAGCUUGUGCUCAUCACGGUCUGGUCGAGGAAGCUAUGGCAAUCUUUGAGAAAAUGAAGUUGGCUAAUCUAAAGCCCAGCCAAGCCACAUUUGUGUCAGUGUUAGCAGCUUGUAGCCACAUGGGACGGGUUGAUCAAGGUCGUUUGUUGUUUGAAUCAAUAGCCUCUGAUCAUAAGUUGAAACAAAUUUCUCAGGAUAUUUAUGGUUGCAUGGUUGAUAUGCUUUCACGAAAUGGAUUCCUUGAAGAAGCUAGACAAAUAAUUGAAGUAGUGCCUUAUACUCCUUGGCCUGCCAUAUUAAGAUCCUUGCUUAGUGGUUGUCGGACGCAUGGGAACUUACAGUUGGGAGAAUGGGCUGUUAAGGAGUUAGUCCAGUUGGUUCCAGAAAAUGAUGCACCUUAUGUAUUAUUGUCAAAGGCUCAUUCUGAAGCAGGUAGUUGGGAGGAUGCUACAAAGAUAAGGAGGGAAAUGAUAGAAAGAGGGGUACAAAAAAAUACAGGAUAUAGUUGGAUUGAGCUAUAGAAAAAAGCACUCUCAGGAUUAUCCUCAGCAUCAUCAGGGCCUAUAAUCAUGUUGGUUGUGACAAGCUCAUGGCUUAUUCUUUGCCACGGGGCAACCUUGUUCAUUUCAGGCUUCUAUUACGCAUGGAUUGCUGACCAUGCUUAUAAAGGAGACAAGGGAUUCUCUUUCUCCAACCAAUCACCUGAAUGGGUCUUUAGUCUUCUUCGACUUCACACGGCUGGAAUUCACCAACACUAAAUGUUCUUGGAGAGAUUCUACGGAUAGCAAAUUGGAGAGAUUGGCUCAUGAAGUGGGAUGUGAGAUAGGAUUUGGCCCCUAAAAUAUUUGGGUCUGCCCCUGGGUGCCAAUCCUUUUGGCACCCUGUGAUUGAGAAACUAGAGAAGAGACUCGAGGUUGGAAGUUGGCUUUUUUUAUCAAGAGGUGGCAGGUUGACCUUGGUCCAAGCAGUUCUGGGCUGUUUACUUUAUAUUUCUGUUUUCCAAGAUAUCAAAACACUUGAAUCAUAUGGGUUGCUGCAAGAGCCUUCUGGAGAUUUUGCCCGAGUUAUAUCUUUGCUGCCGUGAAAAGGCUUUUUAGUUUUCAAGAUCGACUACUUAUAUCUAAGCUUUGUACUACGAACAUGCCCUGGUGUUCCCCAGGUUUUGUAUCAUUACUAGCAUUUCCUACAGAUGGCUUGUUUGAGCGGUUCCUUCACUUUUCAAACAAUUCCUUCUAGUUGAAGAGUGCAAUUCAAAUUUA